GUCAGUGUUGAUAACACACCAACGAUUUUAGUGCACAAAUACGUGUAUCCUUCAAAACACGUUUCUUUUCAUUCGUUCUCCUUUGUUUUUUAUUACCAACCAUAAUUCAAGAUGGCGGCCAGUACCAAAGCUAUUUUCAUUAUUGGCGCGAAACGGACACCAUUUUGCAGUUAUGGCGGACCUUUACGAGAGUUGGCAGCUUCACAUGUAUUUGCAGCCGCAGCAAAGGAAGCCAUCAGUUCGGCCAACGUAGACCCCACGCUUAUUGAUAAUACCAUCGUUGGAAAUAUUAAUUUUUUGAGUCAAUGCGAUGGCGGUAAAACUCCAAGAUAUUGUGGUAUAUACUCAGGCGUUCCUAUUAGCAGUCCCGCGUUGGGCGUCAGUAAGGCUUGCGGGACCGGUUUGCAAGCAAUCAUCCAGAGCGCUUUGGACAUAACAACAGGAAAUUCAAAGAUCACUCUAGCAGGAGGUACAGAUUUAAUGUCCUCGCUACCGAUGCUGGUGAGAAAUGUACGCUUUGGAACCGCUUUGGGUGCGUCCUACAGGCUAGAAGACCAUAUACAGAAGCAAAUUCCAGAUACAUACGUUGGCGUGACGAUGCAUAAAAUAGCAGACAACUUGGCCAAAAAGUUCAAAGUUACAAGAGAGGAAGUCGAUGAAUUCGCUUUGCAAAGCCAUUUGAAGUGGAAAAAGGCUGAUGAAUCAAAAAUAUUUGACCGGGAGCUAACCAGCAUUGAAGUAACCAUCAAGAAGAAGCAAAUACUAGUGGACAGAGACCAAUUACCGCAGCCCUCGGUACAGGCUGAGAAUUUAAGACAACUUCCAGCUUUAAUAGAAGACGGAGAAGUUCUGACUUCUGGUAAUACGUCUGCACCAGCGGAUGGAGCAGCAGCUCUGCUCAUAGCUCACGAAGAAGCAGUGAGAGGACAAGACUUACGACCAUUAGCAAGGAUAGUGGGGUGGACGUGUGUAGGGGUAGACCCUUUGGAAGCUGGGAUAGGAGGAGCUCGUGCUGUCCAGAAACUUCUAGAACAACAGAAUCUGCGAGUAGAUGAUGUGGAUAUUUUUGAGAUAAAUGAAAAUUUCGCAGCUCAAGCUGUAAUUGCCAUCAAAGAACUGAAGGUGGAUCCUAGCAAAGUAAAUGUGAGUGGCGGUGCGAUCGCUUUAGGGGACCCUAUGUCUGCCACGGGGGCUAGAAUGGCCACACAUCUUGUGCACGAACUCAGCCGACGCAAUUUGAAAAGAGGCAUUGCUGCUUCCAGUUGUGGUGGAGGUCAAGGCGUUGCAAUAUUGCUAGAGAAAAUUUAACCAAAAUAUUUUCCGUCCUUAUCGUAUUCAUAGUAAAAGAAAGAGACCAAAACACUAAAUCACGAUUUUAGCAU